AAAAAAUGUCUGCUACAACAUGCUGUAGAGUGUAGUGUAUGUAAUGACUAAUGAGUACAUCGUAAUCUCAUACUGAUUUCACACGGCACAUGGUUUAUUAAUUUUACCAUUAUUAUUAUUAUUAUGAAAGUACUCUAUUUUUACGAUUUAAGCAGGAAAACGGAAUUGUUUAACAGUUCCUGAACAUUCAGAAUUCAAAUUAAUUAACAACGUGGACGUGAUUCAGUAUCACAUGAAAAUGACAAAAUUGAAGUUAAAUCGAGAUGACACAACAGGGAAAAUAGAUAACGUAAAUUACUGCGAAAGUGAAAAUCCUACAAAAAAACGACGUUUAAAUAAUUCUAAUUCCAACCAACUUGCAGAAGUAGUUGAAAUUGAGAAACCAAACGUUCAGUCUUCCUCUCCUGAACAAAAAACAGAUAGAAAAAGUAUUACUGAAGAAGACUACAUUAAACUUAAAAAAUACUUAAAGGAAAAAAAAAAGCUGUUAAAAUCGUUUCCUAGAGUAGUACUCAAUAAACGUGGACAACAGUCUCAAUUAAAUGAAGAUGGAAAAAGUGAAAGUCCGUUAAAAAUCACUGAACUAAAUGAAUUACUUCUAUAUUCUAUUUAUGGACCCGGGAAGUAUGUACCUAGAUGGUCGAGUUUGGAAAUGCAAUGUAACAUUGUACAAACAUGUAUUUUAGUAAUUGAUGGAUGUGACAUAAAAACAUCAGAUGAUUAUUUGAAUUUCAAAAAUUCUUUUUCUAUAUUUUCAAAGUAUAAUUUUGUACCACCCCUUGAAAUUGAACUACCCCCUAGUUGGUGUAGAAAAAAUGAAAAAGAAUUGGAUUCAAAAUAUGAGACAGAUUCUUGUAAUACAACCAAAUCCAAAGAAUUGUGUACAAAAAUGACACUACUCAUGUCACUUAAUCAAUUAAUAAUACAUAAUUAUCCUUUACCAAUCAAUAAACGAGAAUGUUCUAUGGAAGGCUUCCGUUUUACUCAGAAUAAAUAUUUACCAGUUUCUAACCAAAGUCCCAUGUUUGCUGUAGAUUGUGAAAUGUGUUAUACAUCUAUUGGAAAAAAUGAACUCACCCGAGUGUCAAUUGUUGACGAGAAAUUAAAUGUUAUAUACGAAUCUUUGGUUAAACCUUCAAACAAAAUCACUAACUAUUUAACUCAGUAUUCUGGAAUUACACCUGCAAAGCUGAAUGGUGUUACAACUACAUUAAAAGAUGUUCAAGAAGAUGUAAUUAAAUUAUUACCAGCAGAUGCAAUCUUAAUUGGACAAUCAUUAAAUUGUGAUUUAGAUGCUUUAAAGUUAUUUCAUCCAUAUAUUAUAGACACUAGUGUUAUUUAUAAUCUAAAUGGUAACAAAGGAUCUAAAAGUAAAUUAAAGCAUUUAGCAAAGUCAUUUUUGAAUCUGAAUAUCCAAUGUGGCAAUCAAGGACAUUGUUCAGUCGAAGACAGCCAAGCAGCAAUGUUAUUAGUACAACAAAAAUUGGAAAAACCAUUGUCAUACGGUGAUGCUUAUUUAAUUGGUCAAAAAAGAUUAGCUGAAUUUAUUAACUCUCCUGUCCAUUUAAAAAAUAUUGAUUCUUUCAAAAAAUUUUUGGUUUUACUAAAAUGUAUUACUGAAAGUCCAGCUCAAGGUCAAGUGCAUGUUAAAAAACAAUUCAUGGAAGCAUAUGAUGGCAUAUGGUCAACCAAACAAUUUGUUGUCAACGAACAUUCUACAAAUAAGGCUGUACUUGACGGGGUUUGCAAUUCAAUGAACGACACUACUAAUCGGUUUUGUAUGGCGCACAUGCAGCUUAAAAACAAGAAGAAUUUAGACUUAGUUAACAGAUGGUGUGAAAAAUAUUGGGCAUCUAUGUCUACCUUUGGUCUUUGUGUUGUGCUGUUUACAGGAUGUGGUGUUAACGCGGAAAAUUCAGUAUGUCUCUUAAAUGUUAAACAGCCACCUUUACCGAUUUUAAAUAAAGACUGGUAGCUACCUACCAAUGUAUAUCAUUUA